GGGAGUACUCCAUACCAAAUGCGUCCGGACUCCGCGGUACUAAUUUACAAAUUACAAUUGGUAUUGGGCAAGAAGUUGAGAGCUGAUACUCUCCCUCUUCGCGAGGCUCUUCUGCGCCUAUACUCGAUCCUUGGAUUCUUCGAUGGAUUUUGAUAGUUAUCUGGUUUCUGGUUCAUCUUAAGCUCGGAUUCCGUGCUUGGAUUCGACUGUAGAAGGCCUAAUACGACUGACUUCCACGUAACAAAGCCAAAUUACUGUUCACGGUAAAAUAGCUUUGUUCCUCGCUCAGAUUCCAUCUUUCUCGAACGAGUUCGUCGCCUUCAAGUGUGGUUUGAUGUUCGUUGUCCCGGUAUUAUGCUAGGGUGUGGGCAACAAAGCUCCAUAGCUUUAAGAUUUAGGUUUUGGGUUUCGUUGGUAUGCUCUUGCGUUUUCCUGAGUUCGUUGGUCUGCAAUAGUCGGUUGAUUGGAACUUCUAAGAGCUGGAGCCUUAAACUCCUGAGUUGGGUGGGAAAAUAAUUUGGGAGUUAUGGUGAGAAGUAAACAAGGGCCAGGGGUUGCUGCGCGUAUUACACGCUCCUCCAGGUUCUCUGCUUUGGAAGAUGCAGAUGAAGAAUUCCCAACAUUGAAGGCUGCGAAAUUGGUGAAAGUGGGCGAGACAAAUCCAUCUGGGACUGCUAAAACUAAAGCUUCAGGGUAUACUACCUUGGAUGCAAUGGAAGCUACUGGGAGUGGAACCCCAAAUUUGAAAGAACAACCAGCUGGUGCUGCUAAGGAACCUGCGUUUGGUACUACAGGAGCAAAUAAGGCUCAGCAUGUGCAGCCUAUAACUACGCAGACAGUGGUCUCAGGUGAAAUUAAAUCUUGGAACUCCCUGUUUAGAGACAACCGUGAUCCAAAAAAUGGGAUUAAGCUGAAAUAUGUUCCACCGAAAGGCGAAACAUUGGACUUUGGUGACCGAGUACUACCCUCGAUGGUUGAAAUGUGGGGCUACUGCCUUGUGGGACAAUUCACCGGUAAAUUCCCCGGACUCAAAGCGGUCCACGAUUUGAAAGCUAAAUGGGGGGUAAAAUGCCUUGUAAGGUCGCAUAAUAAGGGUUGGAUAAUUUUUAAGUUUCAAAAUGAAGAGGAUAGAUCGAAGGUACUACUUGAGGGACCUUACACCGUAUUUGGGAAACUCCUAAUGCUUAAAGUACUCUCGGAGGAUUUCACCUUUGAGGAUGAGGAAUUUCUAAAAAUUCCAAUUUGGACCAAAUUCCCUAAACUACCAAUGAGUUUAUGGAAUGAUGAGGCUAUGAGUGAGGUGGCAUCUAUGGUUGGGGUCCCAAUUACCACGGACAAGAUCACUCAAGAGAGGGCAAACAAUGAUUAUGCUAGAGUGUUAAUAGAGGUUGAUGUCUCUAAGCCACCACCACUUCAUUUUCCUAUACGACUACCUUCCCGAAAGGUAAUCAAACAAAAUGUGCUUUAUGAAACUUUUCCUAACUUUUGUUUUCAGUGCAAAGAAUUUGGGCACCACCCAUUUAUCUGUAAAAAGCUUGCCAAAAGGGACGAUGGAGAAAGAGAGAAGGAAAAGUGCAUUGAGGAAAAUGAAAAAAUAGGGAAGGUGGCCGCAAAGCCACAAACUGCUGCUGCCCAGGGGUCUAACCCGACCGGGUUAGCCCCUGAUCCGACCGGGUCUCUUGCCCAGACAGCUACUGCCACUGUCCAGGAGCUCCAAACUGCCCCGCACCCGCCCGGGGGUUUGACUGACCCGACCGGGCCUACUUCCCAGGGGUCUGCCAACGACAAAAUGGGUGCUGCCUUGAAAAAGAAUCCGCAAACCGAGGGGCUGUCUAAAGAUGUUGAUAAGGAUUUCGAGGCCGGUUUGGUAGAUACCGAAAGGAUUGUGAUGGACGAAAAAGAUUUGAAGCUUAAUGACGUCGUCUUCAAAUGUGCGGUCAUAAACGAUAAGACACUCAAGCUAGCGGUCAAACCAUUUAAGUUCGUGCACGCGAGUGUAAUUAUAGUGGAUACCUCCCUUCGACUUACGGAUGAUUUGGAUAGGAAAGGCCUUACCUUCACCGCCAAAUGUCUCAAGGGGAUGCCGGGAGUUACUAAGAAAAAAGGUGAAGUUUGUUUCGACUCAAAGUUCACCUCUCCUUUCCGAACUUUCUUUGGACUUUAAAUUAGGGACUCCUAAUAUUCUGUUGUGGUAGCUUGAUUUUUGUGUGAAUUUUAUUUUGCUCCUAAUGCAUUUGGGUUCAAAAUGUUGACUUGGGGGGAGGGAAUGUUUUGAUUUUGUGGUAUCCUAUAUUUGGGGAUAUGCACUUUACUUGUAACAUUAAGAUGUAUUAUAUCUAGGUUAGUUCUUUCUAGCUUAGAUAGUCAUUUUGAUUUGGAUUGUUGCAUUGUAAAAUGCUAUUUUUUUCGGUUUCUAAUAUACUUACGUAUUAUCGGUACAAAUUACAAUUGGUGAAAGCGUGAAACUUGAUCCUUACAUCUUCUUAAUGAUUAGUUUACGCUGUCCGUAUGAAGAUGGGUUUAUUAGCUGUCUGAACGCUCGUUGACGGUUUCAUUUGAACUUCGAGCUCUGUGUGUGAUCGGUGAUCCCAUUCCUCUCUCUUCUUCUCCGAUCUCCACACAGAGGCGGUUAUGGCUUCCCUAGCUAAUGCAUCUGAAACCAAGCCUUACAAGUUCCUGAUCUAUGGCCGCACCGGCUGGAUUGGCGGUCUCCUCGGCAAGCUCUGCGAGGCUCAGGGGAUCGAGUACGUGUACGGGUCUGGGAGGUUGGAGAACCGGGCAUCCUUGGAGUCCGACAUCGCCUCUGUUAAACCCACCCACGUCUUCAACGCCGCCGGCGUCACCGGCCGCCCCAACGUUGACUGGUGCGAGUCUCACAAGGUUGAAACCAUUCGGACCAAUGUUGUAGGCACGCUGACGCUCGCUGACAUCUGCAGGGAGAAGAGCCUGGUCCUCAUCAAUUACGCGACGGGGUGCAUUUUCGAGUAUGAUUCAACCCACCCGCUUGGAUCCGGCAUCGGGUUCAAGGAGGAGGACACUCCUAAUUUCAUCGGAUCGUUCUAUUCCAAAACCAAGGCUAUGGUGGAGGAUCUGCUGAAGAACUAUGAGAAUGUGUGCACAUUACGAGUCAGAAUGCCCAUCUCAUCUGAUUUAUCCAACCCUCGCAACUUCAUCACUAAGAUCUCUCGCUAUGACAAAGUAGUUGACAUUCCGAAUUCCAUGACAAUACUAGAUGAACUCCUCCCUAUAUCAAUUGAGAUGGCCAAGAGAAACCUCACCGGCAUCUGGAACUUCACCAACCCUGGAGUGGUCAGCCAUAAUGAGAUUCUGGAGAUGUACAGGGAAUACAUUGAUCCAAACUUCACCUGGAAGAACUUCACCCUUGACGAGCAGGCAAAGGUUAUUGUUGCUCCACGAAGCAACAAUGAGCUUGAUGCUACCAAACUAAAGAAGGAAUUUCCUGAGCUCUUGUCGAUCAAGGAGUCCCUUAUACAAAAUGUGUUCAAGCCUAACCGUAAGACCCCUGUGGCUUGAACCAUUUGUGGUUCGAGUUUUGUUUGGAGAUUCUAUAUUCGCUAUCUUUUCAUGCCUGUGGACAUCACAGGUUCUUUUUACCAAAUGUAGCCUUUCAAUCUUUCAUAGCUUUUUGUCUGUUUUGAGUUUUUUAUUUCUAUUAUUUCUGUAUGAAUAAUUUGGGAAUAACCCUUUCCGUGUAUUAGUACUUGUUCAAAAGAAUUAGACUUUUGUUCAAACAUCAAGCGGCUUGUUUAAUUUUUAGUUUCGUUCUGCAUGCUGUUUAUAUUCCUACUUUCCUAGGUCAGUACGCUUCUAUAUGAAAUUGAAUUGGCAUCAUGGGGUUUGGCUGUUAUUUGUUGUAGCCG